AGUAAUCGGGAUUUAUUUUUUUUUCACACACAUUUUUUACGUUUUUUUUCCUAUUUUAUAUUGAUAAUAAUUCUGUUGAUAAAGCUUGCGCUUUGAAUUUUCCACCACGAUUAUGAUAGUCGUGUUCACUAUAUGGCAUGUCCCUAUAAAAGGGAUUGCAUAUAUUUUUUCUAGUUCGCGACCGCUCCCAAUUUGAUGAUUUCAGAAUUAUGUAUGGAGCGCCACCAUCCACAAAAUGUCGCCACUUUAAUGGAAAUCCCACGACUGCAAUCAAGUUUAACAUUCAUGAGCAUUCUAGCAAAAUACUGUAUAGUGUAUUAUAAAAUUACGUAACACUCACAAGAGGAUAUCUAUGGCGCCAUAAACUCGGCCGCUGGCAACAUAGCCUCGGGAUAUCCAUAAGAUUAGGAUGUUUUGUCCGACUCUUACCGCCAGGCACGAAAAUAUAUUGAAUAAUAUGACACCGUGACAGUUUAAAAUAACACUUCAAACAGUUUGUCGUUGAAAAACAAGAAUGAAGAGCAGCAAUAAACAAAAAAUAAUAGUUUUGCUUAACCUGUGCCUGUUAUUUGCAUUUUCCGGCGGAACAGAAAAUGAGGAAAAACGAGCUGUUGUACGGUUGAAGCAGAGUGCAGUUGAAGGCUCAAUUUUCAGUUUAGGUGGAGUUUUAAAAGUUGAGCAGUAUUUAGGAAUUCCGUACGCUCAGGCUCCAAUCGGGGACUUACGAUGGAAAUCCCCCAAAAAAUAUGAUGGGUGGCAACACGAGAAACCAUAUGCCACGACAUACGGACCUAACUGCCCCCAAUUGGCAAUUUUGUCAGACCCGACAGCUGAUGCAAGCAAAGUAAUUGGAAAUGAAGAUUGCCUAUAUUUAAAUAUUUAUCGCCAGCAUAGAUCUACUGACGCACCUCUCCAGCCGGUUAUGGUGUUCAUACAUGGUGGCGCUUGGAUAUAUAGUUCUGCUGACAUAUACAGGGCAUAUGCAUUGGCAACGUUUGGAAGCGUUAUUGCGGUCACGUUCAAUUACAGACUGGGGGCUUUGGGAUUCAUAAGUUCAGAAAACAUUACCAAAGACGGAAUGUUUAACGGAAACUACGGACUACUAGACCAAUAUGCUGCUCUGUCAUGGGUUCAAGAAUAUAUUGAGUAUUUCGGAGGAGACAAAAAUCAAGUUACCAUAUUUGGGGAAUCUGUAGGUGCAGUUUCGGUCUUGCUACAAGCGAUGUCACCCUUUGCUCUGCAUACCACUUCUAGUGAUUCGAAACAGCCGAGUUUGUUCAAACGGGUGAUAGCGCAGAGUGGAGUAACGUUAGUUCCAGGUGCUAUAUCCAAACCAGGAAGUGCAAAGAAUUUUAUUCUUAAUUCUCCAUGUUCCGAUCUCACGGAGAACGAAAUGUUAGAAUGCCUUAAAAACUUGACUGCAGUUGAAAUUGUUCGCUUGCAGAGAAAUUUUCAGUGGAGGCCUGUUGUUGACAAAAAGUUUAUUGGCGAUUUUCCUGAUUCUUUUAUGAAAAAUGAACAGCAGAACUUUCGAGGAAUAUACGAUUUCAUUUUGGGCUUGAACGAUGUGGAUGUUAUUAGUGUAUUGUUCGAUGAGAUCUCUCAAGUAAAAUCAUUGAGUAUGCUUCAAAGCUACACCAAUAGAAUUUUGGCGCGGAGCUAUGACAACACAGAAAAGGUCACAGAUAUUGUCAUCGAAAAAUAUCUUAACAUUUCGUCCGAAGAAAACAAUUCAAACAAAUGGAGGAGAAUAGCACUCAAUAUCACUAGAGAUUUCACCUUACUUGCACCCACAAUCAAAUUUGCUGAUAUCGCAUCAUCUGAUAUGCGCUCCAAUGUUUACUUGUAUUAUUUUGUGCAAACUCCUUCGGAUGGAUUGAUCAACGCUCAAUUAGCUAUUCCGCGCAACAAAAGCCAGGAAUGGAUGGAGGGAGCAAGACACACAGAAGAACUCCCGUAUGUUUUCGGUGCCCCAUUCAGCUUUUCCGAUACCAGUCAAGGCGACAAGACACUUAGCAUGCAAAUGAUAAUUUAUUGGACCAAUUUUGCUAAAACCGGAAACCCCAACAGCAAUGGAGUACGGGUCGCCUGGCCGACUUAUAAUUCUUCAAGUGGUAAGUACAUGCGUUUUGGAAGAAAGAGCAGCCACGAAGAUUUGGUUGAAGUACGAAGUCACCUAACUGGAGAUCUAUACAAAUUUUGGACUGAAGAGAUAUCAAUCCUGUCUCAUAAGCGAAAACAGAUAAAAAAACACGAGGGAAAAUUGAUGAACACCGAAGUUAUUGUUUUACCAGUUGUCGCAAUUGCAAUAAUCAUGUUUGCAAUGGCCAUAAUUAUCAUGAAAAGUCCAUAUCAUCGCAGGAUAAUACAUUCUUAUGUACAUUCGAUUUGCUGCUGCUGUUGCCGGAAAUCGUACAGUACUUCGUUGCGAGAAGGCGGUGAAGGUGCCGAAUUAGUGAAAUGUGAACCUAUAAAUCUUCGAUCAUACGCAUAACUAACUGUCUUUGUUUCCAAUAUUUAUUACUUCGAUUUGAUUACACUGUUAAAUUUUUGAGCCUGAUCUCAGUAAGAAUGUUUUACCUGAAUAUUGUGAGUGCACAAUAACUGCUAUAGAUUACUACGGGACAGACGAUCUAGAUGGCACAGGUGGGUCGAAAUAGAUAUUUGAAGCGGUAAUUUUCGGCGAAAGAUGCUUCGUAUACCAUCGAGCUCUGAUCGAAUGUCACAUAACCAUGCUAAAAUGUUUGAAACACCGACGGACCAACGUCUGACAACCGAAUGAUUGGAUGUUUCCCUGAUCCUUGACCCCAGAAUAUGUCCAUUCCUCAUUAUUGCAAAUUUUUCGAUGCUCAUUUGAAGUGUGUUCGCAUCGUUAUACCCAAGUUUUGCAAACGUUUAAAAAUAGUGCACGCGAAACUGAAAAAACGAAACGUGCUUAAUUAAUCGCGUUAAAAUAAUAUUUGGACGACUGCAUAAAUUACCGAUUGUUACGUCACAAUUAAAUUACUGCUGUGCUGAUUGGGUAUUUUUACAGAAGUAAACGAGAAAUCGAUGCCACGGAAUGAAUCCUAGUUUGCGAGUUAACAGUACGCACCGGUUAAGAGUAAUUCGAUAGCAAGGCGGAUAGAAUCCUGGUUAAGACACAUAAUUUUCAUCUUGGCUAAGUACAACUACGUUUAAAAAAUGAAACACUUCACACAUGUUUAAUAUGUUUAUUAUGUCCGAUAAUGUAGGUGGAAUAGGAAUGAAUUAACUAAUUGUAACAAGACAGAUAACAAAACAAGUAAGUUAUGAGUAUUAAGAUGAUCGUCAAGGACUGCCACAUGAUGGUCAUCGAAAAAUCACCCUUCGGUCCAUGAAUGGGGUAUAACUCGUAAAAGCACAAUAAAUAACAAAGUAUUUAAGUGGCACUGGAAUUAAAGUUUAGCAUUAUGUGAUCAUAUGGUGUUUGUGGUCCUAAACCCAGGAAUGUUUUUGGGUGAAAAAAAUCUUUUGGGUGAAUUCAUAAUCUCGACCUAAAUUUGAGAAAAAAAAUAAUUGGUUACCAGAGCACACAAUGAGCAAAAAAUGAGAAAAUAUUAGGAAAGCAAUCAAAAAAUCCCAACAAAAUGAUUUUUAAUUUAUAACAUAUAUCCUACAUCGUUUUGGGAAUUUACAUAAAAUUAACAAAUAUUA